AUGGCAACUAUAACAGUUUCCACGGAAAUAAUUUGCCCAAAUUGUGGUAAACGUAUGAUUAAAAAGAAUUGGAAAGACCAUGCUCGAUGUAAACAUGCAAUGACGGAAGAAAAUAUUCAAACAAAAUACGAACAAUUAAUACCAUCGUCUUCUAAUAAACCAAUACCAAUUGCCAUGCAUAAUUUCUUUUCAACAAAAAAAUUUGCUACAAUGCCAGCUGUAGAAAAGCAAACCUUAGACGAUAAUUCUUGUACUACUGAUACCAUGCUUGUUGAUCAUGAAGAUAAUGAUAUGACUGCUUCUAAAAAUUAUUCAAUGUCGAAAGAUUCUGACACAUUAUAUCAAAAUGAAGACUUGUCAACAUUUGCAACUGAUGAAUGUAAUGCAAAUAAAUCAAAUGAGCAUGAAACCAUGAAUAAUCAAAAUGAUGAAAUGAUUGUUGAAGAUAAUGAUUGUUUACUGGAGUUGAAUUUAAAUAUGGUAAGUAACACUGAACAUCAAAAUAGUCAUUACCAAUCACCAACAUCAUUAAAAACAUCCGUUACAACAACUUCGAAUUUAUCUAAGUGUCAUUAUGCUAAUCGUGCUAAUUAUCCAGAUAUCGAAUGGAAUCCACAUCGUAGUUUAUCCUCAACUAAACCAAGUCCAACAUGGUUUUCAGAUGAUUACCCGUGGCUUCGCGCAAUUUAUUCAAACGGCUUUUAUGGCUUGAUAUGCGCUGAUUGUGUUGAAUUUGCAUCUAGUGAAGUUGCGAUUAAGAAGAAUAACGGUGCAUUUGUAGUACGACCUUAUUGGAAAUUGAAACAUAAAGGUCUCGAAGAUACUCAAACAAGAAAAUAUCUUGCCAUACUCGUUCAAACGCUUUGGAAGAUUAUCAGAGAAGAAAUGGCAUUAAGUAAGUUUAAACCAUUGAUAGAGUUUCUCCAUCAAGUGCAUUGUCCCGAUAUCGUUGAUUGGUUUAAAAUUUCAAAUAUCUCUUCAAUUAAAAAAGCUCGUUUUAUCAAUCUUAUAAUGGAUGAAACUCGUGACAUAACUGUCAAACAAAUGUUUUGUCUAUGCUUGCGUUAUGUGGAAGAUGAUACCGGUCAAAUUCAUGAAGAUACUUUUACGUUAAAGCAAAUCAACGAUACAAGCGGAAAAGGAGUCUUUAAAGUUGCACAAGAAUUCAUCGAUCAAUUGCAAAAGGACACAGGUAAAGAAUUGAUUAUCACCGCACAAACUUACGAUGGAGCAGCGUCGAUGCGCUUUCAAGCACAAGGACAUGUACGCAGCCGGUUAUCGGCAUGGGGUAUGUAUAUAUAUUGUCGAUCUCAUCUUUUGAAUUUAAGCGUAGAAGAUGCAAUUGAAAAUGCAAUGUUUGAUGCUUAUGAUACAGUCCAUUCUACAUUGGUCUUCCUACGUGAUAGUCCACAUCGACUUCAAAUAUUAUUUGAAAGCCAAAAGCUGAUUCUUCCAAGUACAAAAGAACAAACUAUACCACAGCCAAGUGAUACCCGUUGGUCUUAUGCAUAUGAAAUUAUCCAAUUUAUGUGCAAGCAUUAUACUGCUGUUAUCAUAACACUUUCAACCAUAUCGCAACAAAAAGGUACUGGAUCGUCGGAUGGUCGACGAUAUGCACUUGAUCUGAUAAAACCUGAUGUUAUUUUCCAAGUUUAUCUUAUACGUGAUGCAUUGCGUCCUUCAUUAAAUUUCCUGCGACAAAUAGAAAAACGUGGUGCUUGUCUCGAUGAUUUUGCAACACAUGUGGAAGCUGCUCGAAGCACAAUUAAACAAUCGAUCGAAAUGUUUGAUUUUAAUCAAAUACAAACAAUACUUCAUGAGAUUCGCCAGUAUUUGCCGGUUAUACAACCAACAUUUCGAUCAACACGUACUCAAAAUCAAGCAUCCUCUACAGACUUCAAUGAAGAAGAACUUCGUAUAAUCGGUAACGAAUUUAUUGUUCAUUUUCUCCAAUCUUUAGAUACUAGAUUCAAUCGUGAAGCUAAAGAAUUAAUCGAAAACAUACAAUUGUUAUCAUCACCAUUUAAAUGUUCAGCUACACAAUUACUUCAAAAUCCAUUAAUAAUACAAUACUGUUCUCCAACAACGUAUAAACACAUUGGAGUUGACAAAAAGACAUAUGAACGUACUGAUCCACCUUUGUUAAAUUUUCAAGAAUUAAAAAAUGAUGUUUUUGCAUUUCUUACUAUUGUAGAUGAUCUUACUUCUAUUGGAGUAAUUACACAACAUCUGGCACAAUACGGUUCUGAACAAUGUUCUGAAUGGUACAAAUUAUAUCAAAUUUUAGCUACAUUUGCUAUAGGAUCCAAUGAAGCUGAACGCACAUUUAGUACAUUAAGAAGAACGAAAACAUACUUACGCAAUAGCUUGAAUAAUGAAACUCUUGAAAUUUUAAUUAAGUUGUCAAGUCUCAAACCUGAUUUAACAGAUGCUGCUGUCAAGUUUAUCAUCGACGAUUUCAUUAGUCAUCCUCAGAGAGCUAAACAUCGAAAUCAACAGCAGCAUCUCGUUACCAUCUUCUAUUACGGUGACACCUCGACCGACCGUGAAAGUAAACGAUCAGCUCACUUAACUCGAUUAGCUGCGAAUUUAAUUAUCUCAAUUCUGCUGCCGUUGUCUUUGGUAGAAAAUCCACAAUUACAAUUGGUCUUUCAAGAAGCUGAACCUUCUUACAUUUUAUCGAAGAGAAAAUCUUUUAUUGGCAAUGUUUUAAAUCAAAUGUACGAUGAAACUCGAAAUAGAGUUCAGAAUGAACUUAACUGUGCGACCAGUGUUUGCCUGACAACAGAUAUUUGGACGCCUCAGUCAAAUGAAGCUUACAUGACUGUUACUGUUCACUUCGUCGAUACAUCAAACAGCAAGUUGAAGUCGUUCGUUCUGGAAACCACAGAAUUCUCAGGAAAUCACACAGCUCAACAAAUAGUUGAAAGACUUGAAAACAUAUGCAUCGAUUGGCCGAUUCUUGAUAAAGUCGUCUGUCUUGUCUCAGACACGUGUAAUGUUAUGAGAAACCUGGGAAACGAUUUUGCCAAAGUUGAGCUUGUUUUAUUCACAAAUCAUCUUCUCGAUUUAUGCGUCAAUGACGUGAUUCGAAAAAGAGACGAUGUGAAAAACGUGUUGUCGACAGUUCGACACAUUGUUUUCUUUGUACGCAACAGUCAUCUAGCUUAUGAAACACUCAAUAAAUAUCAACGAUCGUUAGAUCUAAAUGAACGUCAUUUGAUUUACAAUGUAUUGGCCAGAUGGAACAGCACAUAUUAUAUGCUUCAGCGAUUCAUCGAUGACAAACUCUCAAUUUCAGCUUGUCUGAAUGAAAAAGCGUUCCAGAAAAAUUUAACUACAGCAAAAAUCUCAAGAAAUAGCGAUUGGGAUUUACAAGAACAAUUGAUGAUGGUUCUUGAACCGUUUGAAGCCGCUACGCGAAAAUUAUCAGUAGAAUUCUGCCCAAGUAUUUCACUCGUUCUACCAGUUAUCACAAGUCUCGAGAAUCGGACCAGUGAUUCUUUAAUAAUCAAACAAAUCAAGAAUACUUUACGGUGUUCCAUCGAAGAGAAAAACGUGCUGUUAGCCACAGUGGUCGAUCCUCGUUGGAAAAAUUUUAGUUUCUUACAAAGCUCAUCUUAUCAACAGCACGUCGAUACUCACACUUGCUUGACAAAAAUGUCUGCGUUUGAUGCUAAACUUUUGUCAUACAUUUAUCUGCAUGAUGAAUAUGUUGCCGAUCUGGCAUCACAUCCGAAAUCAUAUGUUUGGGAUGGUGAUCAAUCAACAACCUACGUCUAA